UGAACCCCAAACGCUAAAAUCAUCACCUCCUUCAAUCCCCGCUCUCAACAUUUCUAGGGUUUUCAAUCAUGAGGAAAUUAAAAUUCCAUGAGAAGAAGCUCUUAAAGAAGGUAAAUUUCAUCGAGUACAAAAGAGAAGGCGGACAUCGAGAAGCCCUAAUCACCCGACGCUAUCAUCUCACCGAGAGAGACGAUUACAAGAAGUACUCGACAAUAUGCAAGAUGGUUCAGAAACUAGUCAACACAUUGAAGCAGAUGGAUCCGAGAGAUCCCUAUCGCAUUGAGAUGACCGAUAUGUUGCUUGGGAAGCUCUACAAUAUGGGUGUCAUACCAACAAAGAGCAGCUUGGUAACUUGUGAGAAACUGUCAGUUAGCUCCUUCUGCAGGCGAAGAUUAUCGUCUGUUUUGGUGCGCCUCAAGUUUGCUGAGCAUCUGAAGGAAGCAGUGACAUAUAUCGAGCAGGGUCAUGUGCGUGUAGGUCCGGAUACCGUCACAGAUCCAGCUUUCUUGGUUACAAGAAACAUGGAAGAUUUUGUUACUUGGGUGGAUUCGUCGAAGAUCAAGAGGAAGGUGAUGGAGUAUAAUCAGAGGCUGGAUGACUAUGAUAUGAUGAACUGAUAUUUUGAUGUAUGAGAGAUGACUCAGAUGAGUACUUUCUUUCAUCAUUGGGCUUGUGCUCAAUCCUGAGGUUUUUGUGAAACAUUUUUGUUUUAUUGUAUUGAUAUAUUUCAGUUCACAGUUUUCUCAUGAUAAUAUUGCUUUAAGAUAAUUAUUUCAGCAAAA